GGUCCUCAGUGGGAACACCCUUCCAAGAUGGCAGCCAACGGUAGCAGCACGGGUAACAAGUCCAGCGGCAGCACCGGCGGAAAACCAACCGGUCCGUCAGCUGAACAGGUGGUGUCAACAUUUCAGAGGAUGCGUCAGGAGCAGCGCAGUAUGGCUUCGAAGGCUGCAGAGCUGGAGAUGGACAUCACAGAACACAGUUUAGUAAUUGAGACCCUAAAGGAAGUGGAUCCUUCAAGGAAAUGCUUCCGCCUAGUCGGUGGKGUGUUGGUGGAGAGGACUGUGAAGGAAGUUCUACCUGCAUUGGAAAACAACAAAGAACAGAUCUCCAAAAUAAUCGAGACCAUCAGCACACAAAUGCAGACGAAGGGUCGGGAACUCACGGAGUACAGAGAACGUUACAACAUCCGUCUGGUUGGAGAAGGUGAAGGAGAGGGGCAGGGCCAGUCGGCGACCAACUCCAGAGACAGCGAAGGAGGCGGAUCCAAAAGCGGAGCUGGAGUUCUGGUCUCAUAGUUCUGUAAGGAUGGACAGUGACAGUAGGGCCCUUGGAUUUCUGCAGCACUGAAAACAAAACAAAACAAAAAUUCAAGUCAGAAAACCUGAACUCAUGACAUACCUUUUGGAUUUGGUGAUUUACUGUAAUUUGUGCAAAACCAUUACACUCGUUUCUUUGCAACAGGCUUCAACACCUGACAGUUGUAUCCUCAUAAAGGUUUUUUUAUCUUUUCUCUGCCAUUUGUUUGUAUUUUAUCUCACAAUACUGUCAUAUAUUCAGCUAAUAAAUUCAAUGUCCAGAAUACGUAAUUAUGACUUUACUGACUUGUGCACCAACAGGUUGAUGUUUAAAAUUGAAGAAAAUGUUUUCUAUAUCAUGUCGGAAAUGUUGUGUUGAAAAUAUUUACGACUACGAGCAGACGUUGCAGCUGAAUAUCCAGAGCUGCUAAAUAAACUGUUCAAUUUUAUGAAAACACACUUUAGUAAACUUCAAAUUUUAGAUUUCAUGAGGGUCUAAGUUAUUUUCAUGUUGAGGAAAAAGUCAUUGUUGCAGCAGAACAAGUGACUGUCUCAUCCAUGCCUUAGKGUAGAUAAGUGUCAGAUUUACUUUGGGCGAGUUUAUUUUGUUUAAUUAUGAAAUCAUCAUCAGACAGAAAUAUUAUGAUUGGGAAUGAGCUUCCUGAAUAUAAGAUUUGUGCUAAAUGGUAACUAAAGCACCUGUCAUGAUGUUAUCAGUAAUAUAGUCUAACUUUUUGGUCAAUAUCUGUGACUCGGAUUGAGGUUUGCAAAAGGUUUGAAACAGAAAAUGCCUUCCAUGAUCAGACAUGCACUGUCACCAAGCUUUUUUUGUGUGUGUGUGUUUUGGAUAAUGACCAUGAAAUAAAAAUGUCAACUUGU